AUGGAAAUAAUUUUAAGGGUUUUACUAUUGUUUCAACUUAUUUUUAUUAGUUUGUGUCAAUGCCAAAGGAACACUAAUUCAAAUUUGGAUUUAUACUACCAUCUUUUAGACCCUUCUAGAUAUAUCCCAAAAAUCAUACCGAUAUGUGGAAAACAAGAAAAAGUUACUGUUAAAAUAGAAAUGGCAUUGAGAGACAUUGUGGAAGUUAAAGAAAAACAACAGUUAAUUCGCCUAAAAAUAUGGGUUCGUUUGAAAUGGAGGGACUGCAAGCUGCAGUGGGAUCCCUCACAGUAUAAAAAUCAGACCGAGUUGAUUGUACCAUACUCCGAAAUUUGGAUCCCCGAUAUUACCCUUUACGAGGGAGUCAGUGAUGAAGGAAAUAUGCCUGAUAUGGACGACUAUAGAGCUAGCAUAAGCCACACUGGGGACGUGACGUACAAUUUCCCAAGCAUCGUCACAGUCGUAUGUAAAUUUAACGUGGCGUACUUUCCAUUUGAUCACCAAAUGUGCAGCAUGAAGUUCGGCUCCUGGAUAUACUCGGGGAGGAAUAUUGACUUGGAGAAAAUCAAGGACAAGGUAGAUGUUUCUAGUUUUCGUAAACAUAAUGAGUGGAAUGUUGUAGAAACAGCUGCAGUUAGACACAACAUUUAUUACGGUUGUUGUCCAGACCCGUAUCCGGAUGUCACGUUUCACAUUCAUAUCAGAAGAAAUCCUUUAUUUUAUGUGAUAACAAUUAUUUUUCCAUGUAGUUUGAUAAAUCUCUUGUCCUUCAUGGGUUUUGUACUCCCUCCAUUUUCCGGAGAAAAGAUUUCAAUACCGAUAACGGUUCUCCUCUCCACAACAGUGUUCUUGUUGCUUGUACAAGACAAAUUUCCGUCGGCGUCUGAAGACUUCCCCCUUCUUGCUAUGUAUUUUGCAAUUUGCAUGUUACUUGUAUGUAUCUCGUGCGUGUUUUCCAGUAUAGUUUUGCAUGUGUACAAUAAAUCACCCGAGGAACACCAGAUUUCCCCAUUAUUUCGAACGAUUUUCUUGGACAAGGUCCGAAAAAUCAUGUGUGUCAAAUUUGAUAAAGUCAUAAGGGAAGAUGAGCUCGUUCAAAUCAAGGACAUUCGGUACUUGGAUAAGGAACCAAAAGAUAUUAUUCAACAACAAUGUGUAGAAAUACGCAAAGAAGAGCCUUAUUUAGGCAGGAAACUUUCGUUUGGAAAGGGUGAAAUUCCAGAAUAUUCCCACGAAAAUAAUGUCCAUGCUUAUUAUGACCACCAAAAGGGUCACAUCACAAAUGAAUGGGAGCUCUUCGCAUGCAUAUUGGAUCGCUUUUUUAUGUUCGCCUAUUUGUGUUUAGCUUUGACAAAUUGCGUUGUUUUUACUGUUAUCAUGAUUAACUACGAAGGACAAGACAUUCCGAUGUAA